CCGAGCGCGGGGACAGCCAGUGCAGACGCCAUGUCUGCCGCGAGCACAGCGUUCCUCACCCUCGCGGUGCUGAUUUUACUGUCGGUGUCGAUAGUGGUGGGCGGAGCUCCUCCUCCGCAACCUCCGGAGGAGAACGAAGUGGCCAGCUCUGUUGCAGUCAGACGAGUAGGCCCUCCCGGCCCUCCCGGAGAACCUGGUAGACCUGGAUAUGAUGGUGUUCCCGGGCCACCGGGGAGGAAGGGCGAUCCCGGGCGACCUGGAACACCUGGACCACCUGGAAUUCCUGGGCCAGUUGGACCUCCCGGACCUCCUGGACGUGCUGGACCGAUAGUGGAAGACCCAUCUGCUGCGUGCGAGUGGAGUGAAGACUUGCAGAAACUGGAGCAGAACCUGUACGAGCUGCAAGUGAAGCAAGAGGAGUCACUUCAUCAGCUUCGUCUGACAUUCGAGGAGCUGCUGCACCAGCUGAGGAGCACCUUCAUUGGCUGCAAGUGCAGUACCCUUCGAAAUGUGUUCCCACCACAGUGAACCUAGUUGUUUGAGAUGCAGGCUAUACAUCCUGAAUGCAGUAAGGUGAUGUGCAUUGUGCUGUUGCUUAGAUCUAGCAUAUUAGCUAAUUAUCCAGUGUUGCUCACUUAUUGAUUACAUUCUCGUGUUAAGCAUAUUUUCAUAUAAUAGUGUAUUUCUGAAAAAUAGAGUUUAUGUUAAAAAUUCAUUCAAAAA